AUGCCAAUUCGCAAUCCCUUCGCCAGACGGCCUGGUGGACCGGUCGUCAAUGAUGAGAACUUGCGCCCGGAAUUCGCCGCCGACGGAUCGAGGACGGCCCUGCCCGGUUUCGAGAGGGUCGACACGGUCGGCUCAAAGGCAUCGUCGGCCGUGAGUGUUCGCAGUGGGAAGAGCCAGGACAACGGAGAGUACAAGAUGAGCGUUGUCAACGACAGUGGUGUCUAUCUUCCGCCUUCGCCCACCGAGCGAGACUCCUCAUGGGGCAGGCGGUACCUCUCGCGCAAUUCUACCGACACGCGCAGCAGCACCGCUGGCGACAUUGAGCCCUUCUCCAUCUCGCGCGAGUCCUUUGACUCGUACAGAAGAUCAUUCGAUAUCUCCGCCAAGUCACCCGUCGUCAUCCACGACCCCGUACCGCGCCAAAGCCUGGACUCGCGCUUCCCGCGCUUCCCUCGGUCCUCGCUCCAGGAGCGGCGAUUCGACCGCGACCUGCCGCCGACCGAUGAGCACUUUGAAGACGUCGGGCUCAACGACGAGAAGCACCCGCAGCCGAAGAAGCGGGGCUUCUUCUCCAAGUUUGGCGGUGAACACAACGCCGGCAACCAAGAGCAGACCACGAGCUCUCCCUCGCCGGGCAUGUCGAGGUUCCUGAUGACCGGUCGCAAGCGGGGCCAGAGCGGCCAGGGUGCCGAGCUGGGCCAGAUCGAGCGCCCCACGACGGCGGCAUCAACCGAGGCACAGGAGGUGCAGUCAUGA